AUGCCCAUCGAUUUUGGUAGUUCAAAAAAUGAAACAGAACUUGCUUGUCAAUUAUUUCCACAAAAACUUAAUAAUGGCUAUUUAGUUUAUAACAAAUUAAGAGAUUUAUCAGUAUCAAGUGCUAAAUGUAAGAAAUUUACUCAUCAUGAAUCCAAGAUAUGUGAAGAAUGCAACAAGUUAAAGAAUAAUUCACAUUUUCGUGAUGCAAUUAGCACAACAUGUGCAACCGAAAAAACUUUUAAAUAUACUACAAAAUUACAUCUUCAAGAUAAUAGAUUGGUUCAACUCUUAGGUAAUAAUAAAUUAAAAGCUUUGUAUAGAGAUACAAUUGAAAAUUCAAAUGAAAGUCAAAUGUGGUCAAAAUUAUCUGAAUAUGGAAAAAAAGAUGCAUUUAAAACAGAUAAAACAUUUAGUGAAUUAGUAGAAUUAAUACUUCAAAUAAAAGAAAUUCAAGAACGUAGAAAAAGUAAAAGAGAAUUGCGAUAUUCUAAACAUCUUUACUACUUUUUUAGUUUAUUAUCAGAUAGUAGUCAGGAAUAUAGUAUAUUUCACAAAAUGUUAGGUGUUGAGAUGUAUAUCGGAUCAACUUUAAAUAUUGAAGAUACAAAUAUAUUAACAUAUGAAGAUAUACAUUUAAAAAUUAAAGAAAUUCAAAAUAAUAAUCUUGUUGCAUCACAAGUAAGAUGCAUUGUUUUAAAGAUUCUUAUUAGCAAAAUUCCUCCAGUUGUUAUUGCUUUGUUACCAACAAAAGGUGCAGAUAGUGCAAUUACUGAAUUUAAUGCACAGACAUUACUUAUACAAGGUAGCGAUAUACAAGAAUUUAUUGUAUAUGAAAAUAUGAUUUACAAUAUACAUUUUCAAGCUCCUAUUUAUUCUGGAAAACCUAUAAUUCAUAUUCAAGAUCCCAAGCAUGCUAAAAAAAAUAGUAGAAAUGCAAUUCAUAGUGGAGCACAACAUGAUACAGAAGCACUUAAACACUUAUUUGGAAUUGCAAGACAAUUGAUGCCAGACUUUUCUUAUUAUGAAUUAUAUAAGAUAUUAAAUCAAGUACAACAUAGAGAUAAUAUUUUACAUAGUGAAAAUAUCUUAGAUACUCAAGAAAAAAAGUUUGCAUCAGGUUACAUUUUUGACUUUAAUACUUCUAUUUUAGAAAUAGAUAUUGAUAAGUUGCGGAAUUGGCCAUCAAAUGAUGAAAUAAAUGAUGCUAUAAGAAUUGUAUAUAAAAAUGCAAAUUCAUUUUCAAAUCUUCUUAAUAUUAAAAUAUUUCAAAUUCAAACUAUUAAUCAAGCUGCAGAUGAGUUAAAGAGAAUUUCGCAAUUAGAUGAUGCUCUUAAUAUUUGUUUUGAAAUCAAUAAUGAUGAUACUUCAAAAGAUUUAAAUAAUGAAUUAAAUUAUGAAUUUGUACAAGAUUUAUUAGAAGUUAAUAUUACCGUAGUUGAAAAUUUUAUAGAAAAAACUGAAAUUAAUUAUAUAAAUAAUAAUUCAUAUUCGAAAGUUUUGCAGGAAUUAGAUUAUAAGUAUGAAGAAAAAAUAUUUAGAGAUAAUGGAAGUUGUGAUAUUUUUUUAAUAUUGGAGUUACAAAAAUCUUAUGAGGCAUUUUCUUGUUUAAUUGUUCUU